AAAAAUUCUUACCUCGGCCCAGGUUCGAACACCAGACCUCCGGCUUUAUAGCCCAACGCUCUACCAUUGAACUACAAAGAUUAUUUGUUUCUGGUUACCCACUUGUCUUCAGCUGUCACAUCUUCGGUUUGUGUUGGUUUUGGGAUCCCUGCUGCCAAAUGCAAGAUGCUGAUUGAAUGACGUGAAGAAUUAUGAAGAGGACUUUUACUUGUCCUGAUGGCGCAGACUUCCUGAGGCAAGUUAGGGCGGGCAUAAAAGCAGGGGCGGUUGCCGCAUGACCAAUAAGAGGACCUUGCGACCCUUCAAAGCAUACAGCUAUUAAGAGUUCAGAGAUUAUAACGGUUUUGCGUCAUUUCCAAUGAAUGGUCUGGACCUUGUCACCAUCAAAACUUUAUUAUUAUUGCUCAUUCUAAUUUCAUUCGUAUAGGAUUUAUGUACGUGUAACUGCGCCAUUUCCCAAUUGCUGAUCAGGUGAGCCGUAAACAAGAUCAUUUUGCAAUCAAAUUUAAAUAAUUAUGAGAGCCAAAUACACCAAAUUUGGAGUGGCGAAAUAAACUCGUGUACAUAAAAUGGACGUUGUUCAGUCAUCGAGAAACUCAAAAUGAAGAUCUUCGACGCACAGGACGAGUAUAAGAAGAAUAAAGAGUUAAGGGUAGAGGAUGUGAGGGCCCUGCAGGAGUGGGUUGAAAAGCAACCGCACAUGCCAUCAAUUUCAGAGUGCCUACUGAUCGCUUUCUUGCAAAGUUGCUAUUGGAGCAUGGAGCAGGCUAAGGAAGCAAUUGAGAGGUUUGUGACGUGGCGAGCGGCCUGGCCCGAUAUCUUUGUGGGCCUGGAUCCUCAUCGUCCCAAUCUAAAAUCCACGAUGGAUCAAAACCUAGCAACUAUGCUACCAAUGUCGUCUAAAAAAGGUUACAAGCUUCUCUACUAUAAAUUAAUGAUACCAGACUCUGCUGUAUUUACUGCAACGGAACUGAUAAAACUGGUAGAUAUGGUUCUUGCAAUGGACGUAAUGGAAGGAGGUCCAUAUGGCGGUUUCAUAAUGGUUUGCGAUUUAACCGAUUUUGAUGCAGCGCAUUUCAUUAAAGUGCGGGUCACAGAGACGAGGCGGUGUUUGCAAUAUUUCCAGGAGGCCAUACCAGUUAGGUUUAAAGCUAUACACUAUGUCGUAUCAGGAAAGAUGGUCGAGUUAUUAAUGGCUAUGGUAAAACCGUUUCUGAACAGAACACUCCUAGGGAAACUACACUUUCACGACUCUUACGAGGCAUUAUUCAAGUGUAUCCCCCAGGACGCGUUACCUAAGGAAUUUGGUGGAAAGAAUCCUAGUCUUAAAGAAUUGCACGAGAAUAUGAAGAGAACUCUGGUUGAGAACGUGGACUUCUUCAAGGACGUGGAGAAACUCGUCGCCAACGAAGCGCUACGAGACCGAAGUAAUUUAUCGGUUGAUUCAGAGUUGGGGGUUGGAGCGCAGGGAUCGUUUAGAAAAUUUAAUGUUGAGUAGCAUGCAUUUUAAAUUUUGAAAUCUCAAAAUGGUAGCAUACACACAUAGUAGUUUUAUGUAUUUCUAUUAAAUCGCGCAAUCGCU